AUGGCGAGGAAGUGGGAAAAACCAGCCGCUUCAGGCUGGAAAAAAAUUUCGCAACUGGGGGUAAAUGCGGAGGUGAAUUCAUCAUUGGCAACAGAGAAGGGGCAUUUUGUCAUCUACACGACCGAUGGAGGGCGUUUCACUAUUCCUUUGCAGUGUCUCCGUAGCAACAUCUUCCAAGAGCUCUUCAAGAUGUCUGAAGAAGAGUUUGGUUUAUCGGGGAACGGUCCUCUAACUGUGCCCCGUGAUGCAGCUUCCAUGGAGUACAUAGUAUCGCUUGUGCGAAGAUGCAUAGCCAAAGAAAUAGAAAAUGCAUUGCUUAACUCUAUUGCAUUCACUCCAUGCUCAUUGGCCACAGCUGUUCAUACCAAAUGUGUGGAUCAGCAAGUUCUUGGUCAUUGA